CCUGGGCGGGGCGGGCGGCCCCGGGGGAGCGGGGUCGAACGGCGCCGCUGCAGCAGCAGCAGCAGCAGCACCCGAGGGGCGGCCGGUCGGCCGGUCGGUCGCCGCCGCGGCUCCUCGGCGGCUUCCCCGAGGGCCGCUGGAGUAGGUCUGCUGCUCGGAGUCCCGCGCCGAGAAUGAAGGAGGGAAGGAAGCAAACGCAGCCCUCGGCUAAGGACGGUGGCUUUCUGAACAGUUGCCUGGGUUCUGUUCUCUCUCGGCUCUGUCAGUGAAUAUAUCUGUGGGAAUUGUGUGUAUCCUCGAGAGAAAUUACACUGCAUCCUGUUAGUGAGAGCACAGGCGUGUGUCCGCUGCUGUGCUGUCCUGGGGUCUUACUGUUUGCUGAGGAGAAAGAAAAGCGAAGGGUGUGCUGAACAUGCAGCCGACGAUGCUUGAUGUGUUGCUGAUGAUACCGCCUGUCUCCAAGACCCCUUACGUGGAAGAAUUUUAGGGGUUGCUGUGCAGAUCGAUGGACUUAGACCCCUAUGCCAGCAUGCAGGUUGGGAUGCGGGUAGUUCGUGGAGUGGACUGGAAAUGGGGCAGCCAGGACAGCGGCGAAGGGAAUGUUGGGACUGUGGUAGAGAUUGGUCGGACAGGCAGCCCAACCACUCCAGAUAAGACUGUGGUCGUGCAGUGGGAUCAAGGCAACAGAACCAAUUACCGGACUGGAUUCCAAGGGGCUUACGACCUUCUUCUGUAUGAUAACGCACAAAUAGGUGUCCGUCACCCUAACAUCAUCUGUGACUGUUGCAAGAAGCAUGGUAUACGGGGAAUGCGGUGGAAAUGCAAAAUGUGUUUUGACUAUGACCUGUGCACACAGUGUUACAUGAACAACAAGCAUGAUCUGUCUCACUCCUUCGAGCGCUAUGAGACAGCGCACUCACAACCAGUCCUAGUGAGUCCUCGACAGAAUUUGACUCGCAUCACGUUAAAAGGGACUUUCCAGGGGGCUAAAGUAGUCCGUGGCCCUGACUGGGAGUGGGGUAACCAGGAUGGUGGUGAAGGUAAAACUGGACGUGUGGUUGACAUUCGUGGCUGGGAUGUAGAGACCGGACGCAGUGUGGCCAGCGUCACGUGGUCUGAUGGUACCACAAAUGUCUACAGAGUUGGACACAAGGGAAAAGUGGACCUGAAAUGUACUGUGGAGGCAUCUGGUGGCUUUUACUACAAAGAGCAUCUCCCAAAAUUAGGAAAACCAGCUGAACUGCAGAGGAAAGAAAGCACGGACAGGCAUCCAUUCCAGCAUGGGGACAAAGUGAAAUGCCUGCUGGACAUUGACAUCUUGCGGGAGAUGCAGGAGGGCCAUGGCGGCUGGAAUCCUAAAAUGGCUGAGUUCAUUGGCCAGACAGGGACUGUGCACAGAAUCACGGACAGAGGGGACGUGAGGGUCCAGUUCAACAGUGAAACCCGUUGGACUUUCCAUCCUGGAGCUCUGACUAAGCUCAACACCUUUUGGGUUGGUGAUGUUGUCCGGGUGAUAGAUGAUAUGGAAACAGUGAAGCGAUUCCAACCUGGUCAUGGGGAGUGGACAGAUGAAAUGGCACCUACCCUAGGGCACAUCGGCAAAGUGAUCAAAGUCUAUGGGGAUGGAGAUUUGCGAGUGUCGGUUGGAGGGCAGUCCUGGACAUUUAACCCAGCUUGCCUGACAGCCUACCAGAGAGAUGAGGAAGCAAACCUCAUGACAACGGAGAAUGCAAAGGAAUCAAAAAGUACUUUGGUUACUGUAUUAGAGAAACUGCUGUCGCAGAAGACAGAGUCAGAGCAUGCAGGCUGCCUGGUCAUUUGUGCAGCACUCAACAAUGCAGCUAAAGUUCGGGAGCUCCUUCAGAAGUACCCAGACAAGGUCGAUGCAAAGAACCAGGGUAGAACUGCGCUGCAGAUUGCUUCUUAUCAGGGGCAUCUGGAUGUCGUGAAGAUUUUGCUGCAGGCACAUGCUACUGUCAACCUAAGGGAUGAAGAAGGGGAUACAGCACUGCACUACGCAGCUUUUGGAAACCAAGCUGAGGUUGCCCGUGUGCUUAUUGGUAAAGGAGCCAGUGCAGACCUGUUAAACAAUGCAAAAUGCACAGCGUUGUAUGUUGCUGUCAGUCAAGGAUUCACAGAGGUGGUGCGGAGCCUCUGUGAGCUCAACUGUGAUGUCAACCUCCCAGAUUCCCAGGGAGACACCCCCCUGCAUUAUGCUAUCACUGCAGAUUACAAAGUCGUUAUUGAGAUUCUCACUGAAGUACCCAACAUAGACUUCACUGUCCAGAAUUGUCAAGGCUUCAACCUGCUCCACUAUUCUGCUCUAAAAGGCAACAAGCUAGCCAUAAAGAAGAUUCUAGCAAGAGCUCGGCAGCUGGUUGACUCCAAAAAGGAAGACGGCUUCACUGCCCUGCACCUUGCUGCUCUCAAUAAUCACAAAGAAGUGGCAGAAAUUCUCAUCAAAGAGGGUCGCUGUGACGUCAACCUCAAGAACAACCGUAACCAGACAGCGCUGCACUUGGCUGUCAUCCAGGGACAUGUAGGGAUGGUGCAACUGUUGGUCAGCGAAGGCAGUGAUGUCAAUGCUGAAGAUGAGGACGGAGACACAGCCAUGCACAUUGCCUUGGAACGGCAGCAGCUAAUGUCUGUCAUGCUGGAGAAGCGUGAAGGGGAGAUGGGGUUGUCCCUCCUUUCCAAGCUGCAGGCUUCUGGCUUUCUUGGAAAUGUAGAGCUGAAUGUUGGAACUGCAAUUGCAUGUUACUUAGCACAAGAAGGAGCAGAUAUUAAUUAUGCAAACCAUCGGGGAAAGUCUCCUUUAGACCUCAUUACAGAUGGAAGGAUUGUCCAGAUCGUCAAAGACUUCUCACAGAAAUUCAGGGAACAGCAGGUUUCUUCAGACAGCUCAGCCAUCACCUGCAGCCUUCGCCGUGUGCACACCACCCCCAACACAAUGACCAACCUUAGUGUCUCGAGUGUGGCAGUCCCCACAGAGUGCCUGGUCUGCUCAGAGCUGGCCUUGCUCAUCCAUUUCUUCCCAUGCCAGCACAGUAUUGUGUGUGAAGAAUGCUCCAGGAGAAUGAAGAAGUGCAUCAAAUGUCAAGUGACAAUAACCAAAAAACUGAAACAAGACAGCACCGAGGUGGAGUGCAGCCCAAGCUCUGAAUCCACAGAUCAGAGGAAGCUCAUGGAGGAGCUGCAGAACCGCUACCGGCAGAUGGAAGAGCGCAUCACCUGCCCUAUUUGCAUCGAUGACCAAAUCAAACUGGUCUUCCAGUGUGGACAUGGCUCUUGCCCAGACUGCAGCACAGCCCUUACUGUCUGCCCCAUCUGCCGACAGGCUAUCCGGGAGAGGAUUCAGAUCUUUGUCUAAGGAUAUGCUUGCUUCCCGUCCCAUUCCCACCUCCCUCCUUUACUUCCUUUUUGUUUGCAUUUUAGAUGAGAAGCACUAGUCAGGCUGAUGUGUUUGGCUACCUGCAAAGCCAUCCUGAAGGAGAGGGAAGCAAAUAACUAAUGUGACUUGGGUGGAGGUGGAGGGAGUCCCCUCUGCUUCUAAUGUUGUAAAGCCAAGGAGUGGUGCUUGAGGGCAGGCAGCCCCCUCGCCCUGUGCUGCUGAUCCACCAGAAAGACCUGAAGUAAAGAACGCUGACCUGUCUACUGAAGGCAUAAGAGACUUUCAGACCAGAGGCGCAUAGACUGCCAUAUGCAGAUGUUUUCGACGGCAUCCAACUCCGGUGACUGUAUCAUGUCUCGUGCUCUGCGGCGUCAGAUUUGCAGCCUUGCGUUGCUCUGAAAGGAGAUGCUGUAGGAGGAUAUACCUUAUACCUUGGCAGGCAAUGGCAAAGCAUACGCUUGCACUGCACGUGAGGAGAUAUCGGAGGAGAUCAGUCACGGCGUCAGUUCUCCCAGAUGCCUGUCAGUGGUAGGGAGGUAAUGUCCUAAGACAGCAUGCUCUCUGAGCUAGUACUUAGGGGCUCAACAAGAACUUGGACUGACAGAGGUAAAUCUGGGUGUAACAAGAUCCUAAAGACAGAGUGUGUGCCUUAGAGAUGAAGUAGUGAACACUGAUUGGAGAAAAUAUGUUGUUGCAACAAAUAUUUCUAACCUCUAAGUGACACUCUUCUUCCAUUUUUUUUUUUUUUUGGCACAACUGUGUGUUCAGAGACUCUUGAGCUUUCUAUCCAUAAUGCCAAAGGCAGGUGUUAAAUACUCCAAUCAAAGUGUAAAGAAAAUAAAUAGUAAUAAUUAAGACAUGAGAAAAAGGGAUUUCAUUUUUGUUUCUUUGUUUUGCAGCAAAACUUAAUAAAAUAAAAUAUAUAUUUUCCUGAGCAUUAAAACGAAUGUACAAACAGUAGCUGAAAUACGGA